GCAGCUUUGUUGCUCUUGAACGCACCACGACGGGCACCGGAGAGGAAAAGAUGGCGGGUCGUUCAAAAGCUCUGCUGACCGGUUGUCGAGUUUACAACAAAAUAAACUGUAAAUAACAAACUGCAGCUCGGCGUUAACCGCAAACUGGCGACCGGGACACCGACAAGAUAACGUCCGGUAACCAUGAACCGAGUCCGGGGGAGGUUUGACCCUGCGUCCGGUCUGACAGGCGCCUCACAGCAACAGACGGCAAAACCAAACCGACUGAGCAGGCGGUACAGACAGACUCAGCAGACUCAGGCAGAUAUCAGCUCCCCAAGCAGCCAACAAGCAGAUUUUAAAACCCCGACUAGGAUCCCGAGACCCAAAGCAAGUGGAGGUAGUUUCAGUGGCGAGUCUCCACACAACGACUCGGACUUUCAACAGGACAUCAUCUGGGACGCCACCUCUCCUUCACCCAACCGACUCGGUAAAAGAGGCAAGAAACAGCGUGCUGGGAUUGUGGACAUCUCAGAGAUUGUUAGCAGGAUCGCUCCAAAGCAUGGCAGACCGGAAGUUUCAGAGCCGACUUUGCAGCAGUGGAUUGGAGACAGCGCCACCAUUCCCUGCACGCCGGAUGUUCAAGCUCCCAAACACAAGAAGAAAUCCCCGAGGCCGAAUGGAGUGGAUGACCUGUUGAAACUGGCCAAACAGUUUGACUUCAACAUGUUUCAUCAGGAUGAUGAAGAAGAAGAAGAAGAAGAAAAAGCGGAGGAGGUGCUGCACCAGCAGAGUCAGGAGCUCCUCUCAGAGGACAUCUUGGAUUUAGAGAACGGCGACUUUUUACCUUCGGUUCCUGGAAACUGUCAACCAGCUGUGAAGGCAGCAGUGAGGACAGAUGUGCAGAUCCAGCAAGACCAAUAUAUGGAGGACGAUUUGGAUUUCCUGUUUGAUGGACCGACCCAACACGUGAGCGGAGAUUUAAGUCAGGUAUCAUCAGCUCAGCCGACACAAGUAAAACCUGCUUCUGGCACCUCUUCCAAAGAGGCUUUUGGGAAACCGCCUUCAUCCUCUCAUGGUCCCACUUCUAGUGUUUCCACGACAAACACUAAAGUUACUUUGGUGAACACUGAGUUUGAUGAUGAUUGGGAAAACGAUGACUUAUUAAACGACUCUUUGGUAUUGGAGAUGACACAAAAUCCACAAAACUUUGGGACUCCAAAGCACAGCUCAACCCAGAAACUGUCCAGUGAAAUAAAAUAUCAGAGUCCGGUAAAUGUUCCUGUCAGUGGAAGUGUUGGCCUGUCAGCUGCACCUAAAGUGGAAAAGGACAAUGUAAGACAAAGAACGACGUUCAAACUGGAGUCUAAUCCUAUUUUCUCUUUCAAAAGCAUCCAGACAGACACGCGGACAAACUCAAAGAUGAAUUUCAGCUCAGAAACGGCACAUAAAGACACUCAGCAGAGCAGGUUUUCAUCCGGUAAUGGUGUUUUAGUCAAAGGGGGAUCUCAGCGUACCUGGCAGACCUCAAACUCAGUGAAGUCAGAUCCACAGAAACCACCUUUUCAUCAAAGCUCAAGCUCAAGUGCCAAAUACAACACGACAGCUUCUGCUGCGUCAAACACAUCAGCUACAAAAACAGCUCAAAGCUUUUCAGCCCACCACGAGGCACCUGCUGGCUCAGACCUCCUGGAUGAAGACCUGGAAUCCUUCUUCUCGUCUGACCUGGUUUGGGACGACCCGGCUGAUGACGACCUGCUGUGUGAAAUGUGUGAAGACAUGGAGAAUCAGAUCCAGAGCUCUGAGAACGUUUCCACUAAACCGACUCUUCCUGUUGGACACACGUCGAACCAGAGAGCAGCUAUUCCACCGGCAAGCAGAAGCUGGGACAACAAGACCCAACCAGCCAAUCAGCAACCUUUUCCUCCCAAACAGACACCAGCAGCUGUUCCCUGUGCUUCAGGUAGACCAGCCGUCGGCUCAUUGGCUCGUGGUUUUGUCUCUAACAUCACGGCAGGUGGACAAAUGAACGCAGUGACGGAUUCUUUUAGAUUCACGCAACCAAAAAACAUUUCAGGAUCCACAAACAGUUCAACAUGUGCGCAGGUGACCAGCAGGUUCCAGGCGGCACCGCAGGGUAACACCCGCAAAGACCAGUUCACCUUCAAGAAGCCCAACAGCCCAGUUUCUAUGGUGACCAACAAAGCUGUGGCUAAAUGUUCAGCCUCAGAGAUCGAGCUAAAGAAGCAGCAGGCGAUGGAGAGACGACGACAGCGACUGCAGGCUGCACAAAACCCCCGAGCUCCCACCUGACGGACAAACCAGCCUCGUAAAACAACAAACCUGCAGAAUGAAGAAAAUGCCUUCAGAGUUCGACCUGUUAAAUUAAACUGUACAUGUACUGUAUUUUAAUGUUUAUCCCAUGUCUCUGUUCUGAUUUAUUUUUUCAUGUUUUUAAAAAUGUUUUAAUGUCUUUUGAAGGAGUAGUCCAACAUUUUGGGAAAUACUUUUAUGUGCUUUAUUUCCAAGAAGUGGAGUCUGAAUGUGGUUAGCCCAGCUCAGCAUAAUGACUGGAAGCAGGGGUAAAAGGCUCGUCUGGCUGUGUAGACAGAUCAAAUUACAUCUACCAACACCUCUAAAGCUCAAUUAAUUAUUUUU